AUGGUACGCGUAAAGUUUUCGACCAAGGCGCCUCCCCAUUGGAAGACACACUCGUCGGACACGAGGCAACGCCAGCAGACCAAGAAGGGUCGACAGUCCAAGGUCGACAACGACGACGAGACUUGGCUCCUUCUUCCGGAGCCUGCCUCAGACACAGUCAUGCCAGAGGUCGACGAACCGACAAAAGUUAACAUUCCCUCUCCCCUUCCUGGCACACGCCUACAUGCGGCUAUGGACCUGAUUCCCAUUGGAGACAUUGUCAGCGAGAUGUACAAUCUCGGCUGUCCUCCAACCAACGAAGAGGUGGUCUCCAACGCGAAGAUAUUUAUCCAAGCUGCGGCAAAUCUCGAUGCCACAGGGAAGGUCAAGGACGCGGCGGAAGUCAUCCUUGUUGACUUGGCAUAUACAAUUAAAGGUCGCGACACCGGAGCCUUCCCUGUUGGUCAGCAGUACGAGUAUCUUGAGAAGCAGGUCAUCUUUCUCGGUACCCUCAUUGAGCACAUGGGCCACUCUUCCAAGACUGUAACCGGUGCCGCUAAGCCUGCGACAACGAAGCCCGCCAGAAAGCGUGUGUCCCAGUUGCAGCACAAUAUUCCGAAGACGGACCGCGUCCUCCGUUCAAGAGCCGCGAGGCGCUCACCACGCAACCACUUGCAGCAACAGGCUCAGGACGACCAGCAGCAACAGCAGCAGGAGAGGCGGUGGGUGCUUUCCUGGCAGCCACCGGCUGCAGACGUGGAGAUGGCCCUCCCUGCAGCACCAGCCAACCCCGCUGUCGCUGAUCCAGCUGACCCCGACCACCCAGAGCCGUAG